UUUUUUUUUUUUGAUUUGGUUCAGACGCUAAUAAAAAAGAAAGCUCAAAUGGGGUGAACACUCAUAGAACCUCCACUUUUUUAUUUUCUUCUUCUUCUUCAAUUCUUCUUCGAAUCAAUCACAGGCCCCAUCACCCAUAGUGCUCUUCUCUCUUCAUCUCUCUCUGCACUGUACCACACAGCACCCAUAAGUAGGCAGAGGAGAAGGGAGAAAAUCUCGGGUCAAAUUUGAAUCUUUAUGGAGCAUCUUGUCAACAACAUUAUAAGACCACCCAGUAUAUAUUCCGAAGAAUUUGGUAUUAAUGAGUUUACCUCUGCUGGACUUCAGAGCUGAAUAUGACCCCAAAGAUGAUUUACUAGAUGAAGAAUUCAUGCUUAAAGGAAAGUGGUACCAACGAAAGGAUUUGGAGCUUAAAAACAUUCGAGGCGAUGUUCUUAAAUGUAGCCAUUACAUGCCAAUCAUCAGUCCUGAAGGAAAGGCACUGCCUUGUGUAAUAUACUGUCAUGGAAACAGUGGUUCUAGAGCUGAUGCCAGUGAAGCUGCUAUAAUACUAUUGCCAUCAAACAUUACCGUUUUUGCCCUAGAUUUCUCUGGAUCUGGAUUGUCCGGGGGAGAACAUGUUACUUUGGGAUGGAAUGAAAAGGAUGAUCUUAAAUCUGUCGUUGAAUACUUAAGGCGGGAUGGAAAUAUAUCUUCGAUUGGCUUGUGGGGUCGAUCUAUGGGUGCUGUUACUAGCCUGCUGUAUGGAGCUCAGGAUCCUUCUAUUGCGGGAAUAGUUUUGGACAGCCCCUUCUCGAACCUGGUUGAUUUGAUGAUGGAAGUUGCGGGCACUAAUGCAAUACGGCUUCCCAAGUUCACUCUCAAGUUCGCAAUCCAAUUCAUGCGGAGAUCAGUUCUUAAGAAGGCAAAAUUUGACAUAAUGGAGUUGGAUACAAUCAAGGUUGCAAGGCGUUGCUUUGUACCUUUGUUGCUGGGUCACGCUGUGGAUGACGAUUUUAUCCAGCCACAUCACUCUGAUCGCAUAUUCGAUGCUUAUAUGGGGGAGAAAAAUAUUAUCAAAUUUGACGGUGAUCACAACUCUCAGCGUCCCCAGUUUUACUUCGAUUCCAUAAGUAUAUUUUUCAACAAUGUCUUACAACCUCCCGAUGAUGAUACGUUUUUUGACAUACCACCGGAUUAUUUUGGCAAGGUGUGUAGUGUUCAUGAAGUGAAAUAUUCAGACGAUCUUUUAACUUCCCCGAUAGCGUUAAGUAGCACCAAAGAUACUAGUAAGCAAAUUCAUGCCCAAAGAUCUAUAAGUUCUACACAGCAAGGUGUUGUAGCUUAUCCCGCCCCGUCGUCUUCAAACCUGAUCAGCUUUGAACUCUCGAAUGGCGAUCCCUGCGGUCCAGGCGUGCUUGCGUCGAUAGAUGACGAUGAGUACGUGGAAUACUCGCUCGAUAACUUGACAGAUUUUUCGGAAAGUAUGGAGGACGAGAAUAAGAUGAUCAUGGAAGCGGUGAAGGAGUCAUUGAAGGACUUGGAAACGAGACCUUCUCGUGCUGAGGAGCUUUCAUCGAGCACCAAACAACCGGAAUCACUCUCGGAUCACGAUUCCCAAGGUUCUGCUACAGAACAGCCCGUGCCCUCAAACGAGUCUGCAACGACACCAAUAGUCACCAAUGGGCACGGUUCAGCACCCGAACUUCAGGUUGCUGAUACUAACAAAACGUCUGCCGGACCUCCUAAUUUGAUUCCAUCAGCAAACGAAUCAGAAAACAGCGGGGCGUCUGCUGACAGCAACGUUUCUGUUGACAACCUGAGUUCAGCUAGCUUAGAUUUGGUUGAUCACACGAAAGUCACGGUGACAGUCAUAAAGAACCCGACAACCAACAUAAUGAACGGUUUGUUGCGCCGUUGGGAUCUUAACUUCUUCAGAAAUAGAUGAUGAUUGUGAGUGGGGUAAAGGCUAUUGUUAAAGCUGAUUGGUAUUGUAUAGUUUACAAAGGUUUAACCCUGAGAGAGUAUGCAUUAUUUAGAGUUGAGAGAGAUGGAGAAA